GCCACGAGUCUGUGAAUGGUGACAGAUGAAUGGCGAGGCAGUGCCGUGGAGAUCGAGCGCGUCCCAAUGGACGGGCCCGGGACCCAGUCCGCACGUCCUGAGACCGGAGGAGCGUCUGUUUCCCCGUGUUCAGGCAUUUCUUUUAUCGUUUCCUACUCUGUCUGAGUGCGAUCGUGAAACUUUUUUUACUUACAUUUACUCUGCUUCAAUCAUGAUGAAGAAAUAGUCUGUGAAAAUCCUGGUGGAGCGCAGUGCAGCGUGCGUUUCUGCUAAAUGCGUGGAAGAACUCAGUUUGUAUUGUGAUCUCCAUUCGCCUGACUGGAUGGCUCUCGCCGAUUAUGCUAUCAACAGGCGCGAUGACAGGCGUCUCCUAGUGCUCUCUGCUGUUAUCCUUGUGCUGGUUGCUAAUUCCUUGCAUCACCAUGCGUCGCACGCGCAAACUGUUGUAAACAUCAGCGGGAGAACGCAAGAGAGGCACUGGGAGUAUGAGCCGUACGAUGGCUGGUUCAACAACCUCGGGAACCCGGAAUGGGGCGCAGUGGACACACCGCUGCAGAGACGCCUGCCGCCGGCCUACAGCGACGGUGUGUAUCAGCUGGCCGGCCAGAAGCGUCCCAAUCCUCUCUCCCUGUCGGCUGGCAUCAUGAAGGGAAUGACUGGCCGCCGCUCAUAUCAGUCGAAGACAGCCAUGCUGGUCUUUUUUGGGCAGCAAGUCGUGGAGGAGAUUCUGGACGCGCAGCGAGCAGGUUGUCCGCCCGAGUACGCCAACAUCAAAAUACCCGACGACCACGAGUACAGCGAGGAGACCAGCGUUGGCGACAUGCCGUUCUUGCGCACGCGCUACGACAUGCGCACCGGCCAGUCGCCCAAUAAUCCCCGUCAGCAGCUAAACGAAAUCACUCCGUACAUCGAUGGCGGCCUGAUCUACGGCACCAGCAAGGCAUGGGCGGAUGUGCUGCGUUCCUUCAAGGACGGCAUGCUCAGGUGCUGGGACAGCAACUGUCUGUAUCCGGAGCGCAACACGAUCGGCCUACCGAUGGCUAACCCACCGCCUCCAUUCGACCACAAGCUAAAAUCAGCCAAGCGUUUCUUCAUGUUGGGCAAUCCUCGAGGCAAUGAGAACCCGUUCCUGCUCACCAUGGGUGUGCUCUGGUUCCGCGAGCACAACUACUGGGCCAAGGAGCUGAAGAAGUCCUACGCCGGCUGGAACGACGAGCAGCUGUACCAGAGGGCACGGCAGUUCACCAUAGCCGUCUACCAGAACAUUGUCCUGUACGAAUGGCUCCCGGCGUUCCUCGGAAUCGGCGGUCAGAACGUUUCGGAGCCAGGCUGUCCUUGUAGCGACGACCCGGGGGUCAUCUCACCCUAUUCGGGCUACAAGCCGCACGUGCAUCCCGGAAUCGUGCAUGCAUUCCAGUCGGCCGCUAUGCGAUUUGGCCAUACCAUGGUGCCACCGGGUGUCUGGAAGAGGAACUCCACCUGCUACGCGCGUCCGUUGCGCGGCGUUCGCACCUGCAACUCCUACUGGAACCCGCAGGACGCCAUACUGGACGAGGGCGGUAUCGACGAUGUGCUCAUGGGCAUGGCGUCGCAGAUAGCCGAGCGCGAGGACAACAUCAUCACCGAGGACCUGCGCGGCAAGGUGUUCGGCCCGCUGGAGUUCAUUCGCCGUGACCUGAUGGCGCUCAAUAUCCAACGCGGCCGUGACCAUGGCCUGCCAGACUAUAAUACCGCACGGCAGCACUACGGUCUGAGGCGGCUGAAGUUCGACGAUAUCAACCCGUGCUCGUGCGGCAACUCCACCAUACGACAGGCGGUGAAUGCCAGCAGGGAGCUGUACAAAGGUGACGACCGGGACAUUGAUAUUUGGGUGGGCGGCUUGCUGGAGACUACGCCACGUGGACCAGGCCCGCUAUUCCGAGAGAUCAUCAAGGACCAGUUUGAACGUAUUCGAGACGGCGACCGCUUCUGGUUUGAGAACAUAGAGAACGAGCUGUUCAAUGCGUCCGAGAUCGGUGCAAUCCGCGCGCGCCGGCUCUCCUCCGUCAUCGUCAGCAACACGGAGAUCGGCGUCGGCGACAUACAGGCCGACGUGUUUCACCUGCGGCCAGGUGACCCGUGCGCGUCGCACUCCUUCGACGCCGGCAAUCAGAUCGACGAGACGCUGCUGGACGCCUGCUCGCCGUGGGCCACGUUUGACUACUUCGAAGGCAGCGCCGGCCCGUACAAGGCGACGUUCGUGGCGGUGGGCCUGUACGUGCUGCUGCUUCUCGCGAUCGUGUUCGUCGGCAUUCGGUGUCGCCGAGGCGGCCUCACCAGGAGAAUGACGCGGUCGAAGAGCAGCGGUGCCGUGGGCGAUUCUACCUACGGCCUGGCAGGCAGCGGUGUGGUUCGAAUCAUUGCCGAGGAGCUCAAGGUGGAGGGUGAACAUACUCGUCACGUGGGCAUCCUUGUGAACGAGAGCGAGCGACGUCUGACGGUGGUGGAGCCGGAUAGCAUGACGGCGCUGCGACGCAUCGACCUGGCGCUCACACGCAGCGUGGAGUUUCACAUGUGCUUCGACGAUGACACACUGCUGCUGCUGCGCUUCCCGCACUUCUACGACCUGGUGCUGCAGUUCAGACACGCCAGCGACCGCAACUUCUUUGUCCAGGACCUGAAGACCACGCUAUCCAAACUGGGUAUCGGCGAAGCAGACUUGUUCCCGACGCGACGCCGUCUUCUUGCCUACGCGUUCACCAAGGAGGAUCGGCAGCAGCUGGUGGAGGACUUCUUCCGGCGCGUGUUCAAAGAUGCGUUUGGCACGUCAACGAAGCCAGAGAAUCCUCGACUGCAGCAGGUGCGGGGCAUGAUCUCGCCCAUCGUCAGCCAGGUGGGAAGUCUGUUCGGGCGCGGCAAGGAGAUCGUGGACGCGCGCGACAUCAUGCAGUGCGAACUCACCAAGAGUGAGCUGGCCAGCUCGCUGGGAAUGAAACCCGAUUCUGUGUUCGUCGAGCAGAUCUUCAAGGUGGUGGACGAGACAGGAUCUGGUACGGUUGCCUUCCAAGAGAUGCUGACAUUCUUGGUCAAGUUUGCCAAAGGCGACGAGGAGAACAAACUGCGGUUGAUCUUCCGCAUUUACAACACGGACGGCAGCGGCCUGCUGAAACGUGCCGAGUUCAACGACAUGCUUAAGCACCUGCUGGAAGGAGCGGGGACGACGGUGGAAGACGCCAAGGUGGACACGACGUGGCGAAGCAUGUUCAGCGACGCCGGCCUGGACGAGCAGAACGAGCUGACGUUCGAGGAGUUCCACCGGCUGUUCUCGCCGCACAUGGCCCAGAUCAUGCCCAACGUUCACCUGGAGUUUGCCGGCAUGAGCGAGGCCACCAGCCGCUCGCCACCGCACACCGUGGGCGUAAGGUCGCCGGCGGGUCGGCGUGGAACCGGUCACGACGGCGUUAGCCCGUCACCACGCCGCAAGGGAUCACGGCAAGACAAUGAGGACAUCUACCAGAAGAGGACACGGUCGUUUGUGUCCGCGUACCAAAGCCAUGACGAACAAGCGCGGCAACAAGCCGCCGGCCCCUCCAUUCAGAUAUCGCCGCCAACCGUGGACGAGGAGCUGAGCGAGAAAGACAGCCUGCCCGAAGCGUACGAAGCUUGGCUGUCGGUGCGCCGCUUCAUCAGCAACUACCAGGCGCACGUCUUCUGGCUGUGUCUCUAUCACCUGGUGGUUUUCUGUAUCUUUGCAGAGCGGGCGUAUUAUUAUUCCGUAGAGCGCGAGCACCGAGGUCUUCGACGCAUCGCCGGCUACGGCAUCACGGUGACGCGUGGCGCCGCCUCCGCCAUGAUGUUCACCUACAGCACCCUGCUGGUGACCAUGUGUCGUAAUUUUAUAACUCGCCUCAGAGAGACGCCCGUCAACCGGUUCAUUCCGUUCGACGCGGCACACACGUUUCACAAGGUUGUUGCCAUGACAGCGCUACUCUUCACAUGCAUACACAUAAUCGGACACUCGAUGAACUUCUAUCACAUCAGCACGCAGACGGCGGACGAUCUCAGCUGCCUGUUCCGCAACUUCUACCAUUACUCGGACGAGCUGCCCAAGUUCCAGUAUUGGAUGUUUGGAACGCUUACGGGCAUGACCGGGUUCCUGCUGACGCUGGUGGUGACCACCAUGUACAUCUUCGCGCUGCCGGUCGUGCGCCAGUACCUCUACUUCGUCUUCUGGAAGAUUCACCAGCUGUACGUGGUGCUGUACAUCCUGCUGAUCCUGCAUGGUACUGGCAAGCUGGUGCAGCUGCCCAUCUUCCAGUGGUACUUCCUAGCACCGGUAGUGUGCUACACUCUAGAUCGACUCAUCAGUCUGAGUCGCAAGAAGGUGGAGAUAACCGUGUUGAAAGCCGAGCUGCUGCCGUCGGACGUCACUCACCUGCAGUUCCGCAAGCCGGACAACUUCCAGCACAAGUCCGGCCAGUGGGUGCGCAUCGCCUGUCUGGCGCUCUCCGGCAACGAGUACCAUCCGUUCACGCUCACGUCGGCGCCGCACGAGGACACGCUCGCCGUGCACGUGCGCGCCGUGGGCCCGUGGACGCGCAACCUGCGACGCGUCUUCGACCCGGAGAGCGCGCGAGUGCACCGCAACUCCGCCGGCCAGGUGCUGCUGCCCAAGCUGCACCUGGACGGCCCGUUCGGUGAGGGCCACCAGGACUGGUACAAGUACAGCGUGUCCGUGCUGGUCGGCGGCGGGAUUGGCGUCACGCCGUUCGCCGCCAUCCUGAAGGACAUCGUGCAUCGCAUGGCCACCAACGUGAAGCUGCCCUGCAAAAAGGUGUACUUUCUAUGGGUAACUCGCACCCAGCGUCAGUUCGAGUGGUUCACCGAUAUCAUUCGGCUAGUCGAGGAGCAGGACAAGAAAGGCUUCAUCGACAUUCACAUCUUCAUCACGCAGUUCUACCAGAAGUUUGACCUGCGCACCACCAUGCUGUACAUCUGUGAGCGGCACUUUCAGAAGAUCUCCAACCGCAGCCUGUGCACGGGCCUUCGCAGCAUGACUCACUUCGGACGGCCGAACUUUGCCACCGUGCUGUACGGCCUCCAGGAGCUGUACAACGGCCAGGAGAGCAAGAUCGGCGUGUUCUCCUGCGGACCACCGCCAAUGACCAACGGUGUUCAGCAGGCCUGCGAUCACUGUAACCAGUUCGAGGGGCCGCUCCUGAUUCACCACUACGAGAACUUCUAGGUCGUAGUUUGGCGCCGACGUGCAUUGUAUCUGAAGAGUGUUGUCCGGAAUGGCUAUGGUGUGUUGUCACUGCCGCGUCAAGAGAGUAUUUGAACGUGAGUGCACACUGGCAAGUGUAAACAUACAGCCUAGUUGCUUGCCGCAGAGCCAAUGGCGGGCUGAUACUGUGAAACGCCCAGUGUGUCUGUACUGCCCUGCAACUUGUCAGGUUGGUACACACAGCGGCAAGCGCUAUGCCGAUGUCCAAUGCUGCAUCACCGCGGCUCAGUCCUACCGUUCUCAUCGAGUUUACCCAUUACGGUGCCCUGUAUAGACACACAUGCCUGUCACCUGACCUCAGUGUUUGAUGUAUGCCUGUCACGUGAUGUGGUUGAACCAAUGUAUGCAUGCCAUGGUUGAGUUUAGAAGAUAUUAUGGUUUAUUCUGGAUUUUAACUAUUUCAGACGUACUACGCCGCACAUAACCACCCCAUUGUUGCCUCUGCUAUGCCAACCGGUCUACUUAUACCCAGGCCCCGUGCUAUCUCUGCUCGUCUCAGUAUGAUGACGUCAUGACCACGUAUUGCCUCAGUAUGAUGACGUCAUGACCCUGUACUGCCUCAGCUGGGUACUGCUACACGUACAAUGUACGAGGGCUCUGCACGAGACCCUACGCGGUGAUCAUGACAUCGUCGCUGUACACAGCCACGCAGUGCUCUAAUUAAGCUAGACAAGACUAUUCACCCGUUUACUCACCCCAUAUCCACUGCAUUUAUUUGAGUUAUCUUUGCACAACUGUAGUUCCAUGCACGCGCCGGUAUGCAUGUACAGAGAUACAAACCAUGUACAGUGCUGCUCAAUGAAAUCCGAUCGCGAGAGUCCAGUACGCCUAGUGCGCUGCACCUGGGGACACUGCCGGGGAUGUUCACAGGUGCAGGGUGCAGAGUUGACUCACCGCGGCAAUGGGAUUUCAUUGAGCAGUGCUGUAUGUACAUAGUGGAAUCCUGCUGCAGAUAAUGAUAAUAAUAAUAAUAUCAACCUCUGCUGCUUACCUUCUUUGCCAGUCCAUUCUAAGUUAUACUUAACUUUA